GCGCUGUCGGAAAUGCCCGGCAGCCGACAGCGUUAGUUUUGAGUUUCUCAUCUUUCGUUCCGUUCGAAGUCACUUGAAGUUUUCUUUACGUAAAAAAUAGUAGUUUAAUUUCAUAUCUACCAUGCCGAAAUACUAUUGCGACUAUUGCGAUACUUAUUUAACUCAUGAUUCGCCUUCUGUGCGAAAAACACAUUGCUCCGGCAGGAAACAUAAAGAGAAUGUAAAAUUUUACUACCAGAAAUGGAUGGAAGAUCAAGCUCAGAGUCUCAUCGAUGCUACUAUUGAAGCAUACAAGAAAGGAAUUAUGAAAGGAGGGGCUGCCAUUCCACCCCCAGGAAACUUGAACAUUCCUGGAAUGCCACCAAGACCCCCAGGUCCUGGUCCACAGAUGAUGGGUCCUGGUGGGCCUAUGAUGGGAGGCCCGCCUGGUGGGCCAAUGGGUAUGGGUCCUGGUGGGCCUAUGGGUAUGCCAGGUGGACCACGACCACCAAUGGGGCAGAUGGGACCUGGAGGACCUAUGAAUCCAAUGGGCCCCAUGAUGAUGGGCCCUGGUCCAGGUGGUCCAAUGCAUCAUAUGAUGAUGAGACCAGGGAUGCCUGGUAUGCCGGGAAUGCCAGGAAUGCAACAAGGAAUGCAACCUGGUAUGCCAGGAAGACCACAAGCUCCUCAAGCACCUGGUACUCAAGCAACAUGAUUUUUCAUUGUAUUGACAUAACAUUUCAUUAAAUAUAACUUUUUUCC